AUGUCGGGAAGCGCGGCGAAGUGGAAGGAGGAGCAGAUCCUCGUGAUCUGCCCGGGGAGCAAGACGACGAUGGCGCAACUGGGAUGCAACGAGCUGACGCCGCCGGUGCAUCGGAUCCCGACGCGUAUGUUUAGGGAUCCCGAGGAUGGCGGGUGGAGGCCGUAUCACACGUUCAAGAGGAAGAAGGCGGGCGCGGGGAAGAAGCAGCAGCAGCAGGCCGAGGGGGAGGUGCAGCAGGUGCAGCAGAAUGGGGAGGCGGUGGAGGAUGAUGAGUGGGAGUGGGUUGAGGAUCAGGAUUCGAGUGAGGGGGCGGUAUAUCCUAUGCAAGCCGGUCGAAUCGUCAACAUGCCCGCCUUCCUCGCCUUCCUAGACCACAUCCAUAGCAUGCUCACAACAACAUACCACAACACGCCCAUCGUGCUAAUGGCAUCCCCGCAAUGGACGCGCGACUGCAUCGAAGAAAUUACCCGUUACAUAUUCGAAAAGACAAAGACGCCCUCCCUCUGCCUAAUCCACUCCGCGCUCGCAACGCAAUACGGCCUCCGCUGGCCCAACAUGACGGUAGUCGACAUCGGCUUCGAAAAAGUAGACGUCACCUGCAUCUACGACGGCAGCGUAGUCAACCACAUGGAUAUCGGCGUGCCCUACGGAAAAGUCCAGGGUAUCCAAUCCGGUGGCGAAGUCUUUACGCAAAAACUGCUGGGCCUCCUGCGCGACAAGGGUUUUAAUUAUGAUAUGGCCGAGCAGCUGAAGAAGAGCGGCAUCUGUGAGGUCCUGGCAUAUAACCCGGACGUGCCGCCCAAUUAUAUGGAGCUGCCCAAGGAGAAUGCGGACCCCGCGGGCGGCGCUGCGUUGGGGGCUGGUAACGAUCCUGUCAAGGUUGCGGCGGAGGCGGCGAGGGUGCCGUUGAUGCUUGAUGAGGAGGACGCGGAGGAGAGAGGGGUGGAUUCGGAUGGGGUGUUGGAUGUGGCUAGUAUUGUUACGAGCGGGCAGACAAAGGAGUUUUUGGCGAAGAAGGAGAAGGAAAAGGGGAAGGGGGGUAGGAAGGGGAAGGAUAAGGAGGGAGCGGAUGGGCAGAAUGCUAGGACUGGGAGGUUGCCUAACGCUAAGAGGAUGCGGAAUGUUUUCCAUUACGAGGAGGUUAUUCAGGAAGAGGUUCCUAAGCCUAAGCCUGCCCCCCUUCCAGCCGCCGCUCCCACUAGCACCACCGCUGCUACUACCGAGAACGGUGUCGAGAAGCCCACAGAAGCUACCGAAGGUGGUGAAAACAAGCCUGCCGCGCCAGAGGGAGCCGCCAAGCCAGAAGGCGAAGACGCCAUGAAAGUCGACGCGGCACCCGAACCAGCCCCGGCCCCUAAAGACGAAGGCCCCGUCGAAACGGAACUCCGAGCCAAGCUCGUCCGCCGCGACAUCGAAGUCGGCCUCGAACGCUUCACCUUCGCCGAACGCGAACAAAUCGACCGCAUCACCUCCCUCAUCUGGAAGACCGUCCAAGGCAUCCCGGACAUGUUCAUGCGCCCCGCGUGCUGGGACCACAUCGUCAUCGUCGGAAACGGCUCGCGCAUCCGCGGUCUCCGCGAGAACAUCAUUCAGACCCUCACGGCGCGGCAUCUCAUCUCGCCUUCGUCCGCUACCAUUUUCACAUCCGAGUUGCCGUCCAACAUGGCUACCCCCACGGGUACGGGUUCCCAGACGCCCACGGGUUCGUUUACGGGCACGCCUCAUCAGCUUCCUACCUCUGGCGUGAACCCUCUGCUUCAGGCCGCCACGACUGCUACCCUCAACGCCGGGCUGUUAGCGGGCCCCGGAGCCCCCGCCAGCGAAGUCGGCGGUGCGUCGAGCGGCACGUCGCAUCGGUUCCAUAGCCAGACGCCCACGAGCAUCAAGCUCGCGCCCCUGCCGACGUAUCUGUCGGAGUGGUCAAAGAACGGGUACGAGGAGGCCAUGUUUUUGGGGUCGCAGGUUGCCGGGAGGAUUGCGUUUUGCUUGCAUAAUCUUGAUGGGCCGAAUACGGAGGCGCAGAAGAAGAUGAGCUUGAGUCGUGUCGAGUACAAUGAACUUGGGCCAAAGGGUGUCCGGAAGCACUCGAUGCUUGCAUAA